AUGAGCACGGCCGAGGACGCCGGACGCCGUAGCCCGCGCCUCCAUCCCCAGACCCACGCGAGCGAGGAGGGCGACGGAAUGGAGCGCAGCGCGUGCCUCUGUCCCCAGGCGCACGCGAGUGAGGAGGCAGCCAGAGUGACCCGCCGCAGCUCGCCGGCGGCGCCGUCCUCGCCGCUGGAAAAUGACGAUCUCCUGUGGGAGGUCCUCCUCCGUCUCCCGCCGCAGCCCUCCUCCCUGCCCCGUGCCUCCGCCGUCUGUAAGCGGUGGCAAUGCGCCGUCACCGACCCCAGGUUCCACCGCCGCUUCUGUGCACACCACCGGAGGCCGCCCCUCCUCGGUUUCUUCGAGGACGGCGCGGAUGGUAUCGUGUUCAAAUCCGUCAUGGACCCUCCCAACCGCAUUCCUCCUCAGCGCUUUGACAUGCGACUCCACGGCAUUGACAAUGCCCGUGGCACGGGGGUCCAAUUGCUCGGGUGCCGCCACGGUCGGCUCCUCAUCAUGCCCUGGCAGCAAGCAGAACUUAUUGUAAUUGCUCCCAUAACCGGCGAGAAGCUCCACCUGACGGUUCCGUCGAAAUUCAAGGGGGACUGCUACUUCGAUGGGGCGGUGCUCUGCGCUGCUACUGACCAUGACCACGUGCACGGAAGCUGCCACUCGAGCCCAUUCAAGGUGGUCUUGCUGUCCACGAGCAGAUACCGAAGUGGUCCCCAGCUUGCCUUUGCAUGUGUUUACUCGUCGGAGACUAGCACAUGGAGCGAUCUCAUCACAACACCGACUCCAUGUCAGCUUCGUAAUAUUGGUAGUUAUGAUGGGUCACUUAUUGGUAAUGCACUUUACUGGCUGUGUGGACGCGGAGAUUACAUAUUUGAGUUUGAUUUGGAUGGACACAACCUAGCUUUGUUCAGAGCGCCUCCCAUUAUAAAUCACGUCCGCCACACUUAUGACAGCCGUGAGAUCAUCCAGGUCAGGGAUGGCGCUGUUGGUCUCGCCAUACUGACUCACUAUUACCAUAACAUUGAAAUGUGGCGAAGGAAUGUCAAUUGUCAGGGUGUUACCAAAUGGGUGUUGUGGAAGACCAUUGAAAUGAAUAGCAUUCAUGGGAUCCCUCCUGAGAUUGAAGGAGAGAGGUCAGGGUUGAUAUUUAGACCAAGAUAUGCUGAGGAUACUGAUGAUAUAUUUAUAUAUGUGGGCUGCAGUGUAUAUAUGGUUCAACUUAAGUCGAUGCAGUCGAAGAAACUUUGUGAAACCACUCAUCUUCAUUGUCAUCAUUCUUUCACGAGUUUCUAUAUGCCAGGCGCAGCCAUUGCUCGUGGAUGUGAUCAAUCUGAAAUGCAGCAUGAGACAUAG